GCGUUUCCCAGAAGGCCCAGCGCCGGAAAGGGGUUUGCAGCUGCUCCGUCAUCGUGCGGCCCGACGCGAGUCCACGCUCGUGUGCAGGCCGGGCUCGGUUCCUGGUCUCCGGUGCGAGGGUUCACGCGAGGCCCCGGCCUCGGUCCCCGGACUAGGCCGCGACCCCGGGCGCCAUGAAGCAGGAGGGCUCGGCGCGGCGCCGCGGCGCGGACAAGGCGAAGCCGCCGCCCGGCGGAGGGGAACAAGAACCACCGCCGCCCCCGGCGCCCCAGGAUGUGGAGAUGAAAGAGGAGGCGGCGGCGGGUGGCGGAUCAACCGGCGAGACCGAUGGCAAGGCGGCGGCUGCGGCGGCUGAGCACUCCCAGCGAGAGCUGGACACCGUCACCUUGGAGGACAUCAAGGAGCACGUGAAACAGCUGGAGAAGGCAGUCUCGGGCAAGGAGCCUCGGUUCGUGCUGCGGGCCCUGCGGAUGCUGCCUUCCACAUCACGCCGCCUCAACCACUACGUUCUGUACAAGGCUGUGCAUGGCUUUUUCACCUCCAACAAUGCCACUCGAGACUUCUUGCUACCCUUCCUGGAAGAGCCCAUGGACACAGAAGCCGAUUUGCAGUUCCGUCCCCGAACAGGAAAAGCUGCGUCGGCUCCCCUCCUGCCCGAAGUGGAAGCCUACCUCCAACUCCUCGUGGUCAUCUUCCUGAUGAACAGCAAGCGCUACAAAGAGGCACAGAAGAUCUCUGAUGACCUGAUGCAGAAGAUCAGCACUCAGAACCGCCGGGCCCUGGACCUUGUGGCUGCAAAGUGUUACUAUUACCAUGCUCGGGUCUAUGAGUUCCUGGACAAGCUGGAUGUGGUGCGCAGCUUCUUACACGCUCGGCUCCGGACCGCCACCCUGCGGCACGACGCGGACGGGCAGGCCACACUGCUGAACCUCCUGCUGCGGAACUACCUACACUACAGCUUGUACGACCAGGCCGAGAAGCUGGUGUCCAAGUCUGUGUUCCCCGAGCAGGCCAACAACAAUGAGUGGGCACGGUACCUCUACUAUACAGGGCGCAUCAAAGCCAUCCAGCUGGAGUACUCAGAGGCCCGGAGGACAAUGACCAAUGCCCUUCGCAAGGCCCCUCAGCACACAGCUGUCGGCUUCAAACAGACGGUGCACAAGCUUCUGAUUGUGGUGGAGCUGUUGCUGGGGGAGAUCCCGGACCGGCUGCAGUUCCGUCAACCAUCCCUCAAGCGCUCGCUCAUGCCUUACUUCCUUCUGACCCAGGCUGUCAGGACGGGAAACCUGGCCAAGUUCAACCAGGUCCUGGAUCAGUUUGGGGAGAAGUUUCAAGCAGAUGGGACCUACACCCUCAUCAUCCGACUACGACACAACGUCAUCAAGACAGGUGUGCGCAUGAUCAGCCUCUCCUAUUCCCGAAUCUCCCUGGCGGACAUCGCCCAGAAGCUGCAGCUUGAUAGCCCAGAGGACGCAGAGUUCAUUGUUGCCAAGGCCAUCCGGGAUGGCGUCAUUGAGGCCAGCAUCAACCACGAGAAGGGCUACGUCCAGUCCAAGGAGAUGAUUGACAUCUAUUCCACCCGUGAGCCCCAGCUAGCCUUCCACCAGCGCAUCUCCUUCUGCCUGGAUAUUCACAACAUGUCUGUCAAGGCCAUGAGGUUUCCUCCCAAAUCGUACAACAAGGACUUGGAGUCUGCAGAGGAGCGGCGCGAGCGGGAGCAGCAGGACUUGGAGUUUGCCAAGGAGAUGGCGGAGGACGACGACGACAGCUUCCCUUGAGCCGGGGGCUGGCUCUUUAUCUUCCCCCCUUGGGGCCCCCUGCCCAGGGAACCGGCCCCUUUUCCCAUGCGCUGCACACAGACUGCACAUGUGCAGGGGGGGAGGGGUGCAGGGAGCCAGGCACCUGCACCUCAUCCCAGGGCCCCUCCCCAGCCGGUGCCUUAGCACACGUGGGCGGGAGGGCGAGCAGGCAGCCUCCCCAGGGCAGGGUCCUGGCUAGCGGUGUGGGCAGCAAGAUGGGAGGGACAGGCCCUGUGCUCUCCUCCAGGGCGUAGGGCACUGAAUUGGGACAUGUGUUAGGUUGUAUGUUUUUUGAAGCUUCAGUUGUGAUUUUUAAACAAUAAAAAGUUCUCCGGGACUCUUUGUGCAUCA